AUGGCACCAUUGACGAAGGCUCAAAAAGUGCUAGAUACAGGGAGAGAGACGGACAGUAUUGGGGAGAUGGUACAGGCUGGGCGGUCCGAAUCGUUGCUGGUGUUGGAGAGGGAUAAUCCGUUCGACACGCCGACGGAAUCGACAACCCCAAUUGCAUCGCGAAGAGAAAGUGCGGUUUCGAACCUCCAAGGAGCCGUGUCAAAUACAUCUCAGCCCGACCGACGAUUGUCAGCAGCGAGUUUAAGAAGACACUCGUCUUACGCUCCCGCUGUCCCUUCGCCAUUGAACCCUUCCUCGUCACAAGCGUCGACAAGUGAAAAUGGCGAAAGAGAAAGUUUGUCGGACGAGGUCUCCAAAAGAAACUCUGCGUCUUCAGGAGAACUACCACGGAGUCAGAGCUCAAGUAAUUUAUCCUCGACAGCGAGAGGGAAGAGGAACAUCAGCGCGUCGCUUCCUCAACAAUUAUUAAGACAGAAAUCAGCUCAGGCUUUACAACCAGGAGAGGAAAUAUCACGACCGGGAACACCAAAAAACUUGAAGGAUCUAGGACGAGACUACUCGAGAUAUCCAGCAUCCAAAUCGAGUAUAUGGGUGAACUCCCGACCACCAGGUUCAUCGACCACCAACUCAGAGACAAACUUGUUGCGAACGACGACAAACAAUCCUUUCAACGAAUCGCAAGCAGAUUUAGAGAAGUUCGGAUACCCAGACGACAGCAUUACUGCUUUCGAUCCAUAUUUUGGAGGAGACAAGGGGUUUAUUUUAUACAAUAAUGAGGUGGAAGCAGACGACAAAUUCCACAUGCCAGCGGACGAUGACGAUAUAACCUACAAAGCUAAAUUGUCCGAUUACUUCGACGCAAGGUCUAUAGUUAGCACCAUUGGGGGCAUAAUCCUGGUCCUCGGUCUCCUAUGCGUUUUCAUCCUCCUGCCAAUCCUUACCUACUCGACACAUCUGUUAGUACCUGAUGGUAAGGGAACAUAUGUUGAAGAUACCGGACCAGCCUGGGCACACGUCAACAAUAAUACAUAUCCUUUACUACAGAAUGUGAGGACAGGCUUGAUUGAUCCAGAUACACCAGCCAGUGCCAUGACGAGGGAUAGCACGUUUGAUGACUCUCAGCUACAGUUGGUAUUCAGUGAUGAGUUCAAUGAUGACAACAGGACGUUCUUCCCUGGGGAUGAUCCCUUUUGGACUGGAGCCGACCUAUGGUAUGGAGCCACGCAGGAUUUCGAAUGGUAUGAUCCAGACGCGGUUACCACGAGUGGAGGCACCCUACAGAUGAGACUGGACAAAUUCCCCAACCACGACCUGGAUUACCGCUCCGGGAUGCUGAACAGCUGGAAUCAGAUGUGUUUCAAAGGCGGCGUCUUCGAAGUUUCCGUCUCUCUAGCUGGGCCAGCAGGAAUACCUGGUCUAUGGCCAGGUGCAUGGACAAUGGGAAAUCUCGGGCGUCCAGGCUACAAAGCAACUACCGAAGGCGUCUGGCCAUACACAUACGACGGCUGUGACGCAGGCAUAACACCCAACCAAUCCACCAACGACGGGAUGUCAAACUUACCAGGCCAAAGACUCAAUUCCUGCACCUGCAAAGGCGAAGACCACCCAAAUCCAGGUGUCGGCCGCGGCGCCCCUGAAAUCGACAUUCUCGAAGCGUCCGUCGACCCGGAAAACAGAAUCGGAGUCGUAACCCAAAGUUUCCAGGUCGCGCCCUUCGACAUCUGGUACCGGCCUGACUCAGAGUACAUGGCUAUCCCAAAUUAUGAGACGACGCAGAUGAACACUUACUGCGGCGGUCCUUUCCAACAAGCUAUUUCUGGCACCACGUUAUUAAAUAAUAGCUGGUAUGAUGGCAACGCGUACCAAAAAUACGCAUUUGAAUACAUCCCUGGAACAUCGACUGGCAAGAUCGCCUGGUUUGUUGGGGAAGAUCCAUCGUUUAUUCUUGAUGGGCGCGCCAUUGGUCCUAACGGAAACGUUGGCGCACGUCAGAUAUCGGAGGAGCCCAUGUCCAUGGUACUCAACCUGGGCUUUUCAUCCUCCUGGUCCCAGAUCUUGCUGGCCGAUUUGAUUUUCCCGACCGUCAUGCAUGUGGAUUAUGUGAGGAUCUAUCAGAAGGCUGGAGAGACGAGCAUAACGUGUGAUCCGCCUGGGUAUCCAACAACGGACUACAUCGCCAAUCAUGCCGACGCGUAUGAGAAUGUCAAUCUCACUUCGUGGAAUGAGACGGGGUAUAGCUGGCCUACAAAUAAGCUUACCGGGUGUUGA